CCUCCUGGCUACCCGCCGCGUUUUGUCGCGCGUUGGUGACGUCAUUGUAAUGGCCGCUCUCCCAGCGCUGUGCGGACUCGUUUCUUUUCUCCGCUGAUUCCGUUGCAUCAAACCAAAUAGCGUUCAUUGUAGACCGCAGUAGCCCCCGUCACAUGGAGGGGGUCGUUGUUACCGCACCAGCGGCUUGAUGCAAAUCACUUUGGCUUUGAAAGGUGAUUGAGAAUAACGCUCGUUAGCGCUUUUAGCUUAGCCGCUCGCAGGUAGGUUUUGAACGGAAACAUGGCGAGGAGAUGCCGCCUUGUCGCGCCGGUGCUUCUUUAGCUGCUAGCGAGCAUUAAUGCCGCUCAGCUCACCGGUGUCCGUGCGCAUAUAUAUACAUGUGCAUAGGUAGUUUGCGUUUAGCGGUUUCGGUAUUUUAGCUGGAUUUCUGUGCGUCGUCAACCUCGAGGCCUAGUCGGCAGCUAGCUUGACCAGCUACUGUUGGCGUUCAUGUUUGCUCCACCUGGUUAUGUCAAACUAGUUAUGGUCGUUUUUGGUGGGUAAAUGUGCAGCGCUGGAGGUUUAUCUGCUCUCCGUCGUCAGUUUACUGCAUAUUUUUCUUGCCAGACGUGAUUGUAGCCGGCGCUACAUGGGUUCACUUUGAGCCUGGCUCUGUCAGUGUAGCUUCUCUGAUCGAUAAACCGAGUUUCGCAACUUAGCAUAGCAGGAUUUUUUCAUUCACUGCUUGGCCAGAAAUAACUCUCCAUCUGGAGUAAACUCUGCAAAAAAAGAACUUUGUCCUCAUGGAUACACCUGAGAGCCCCACACAGUCUCCACAGUCCCCUGAAGAUGAGGAAAAGGGGUUUUCCAGCAGAGGGGGGCUGGACUCCCCCGAUGAAGAGGCUGACGGGGUCGUCUCAGACAGUGAACUACUUCAAGAUGAUGAAGAUGGAGGCCUAGUUGAAGAAGACCAAGAAAUAAUAGGGGAAAGCCAAGGUCGAGUUUCAGACCUGGAGGACGAGGUGGUCCCAGAUUUUGUGUCAGAUCCAGAGGAUGAGGAACCCGUUGGAGAGACGUGUGGGCUGAGUCAUGAAGAUGAGACCAUUGUCCUGAUGGACGGAGAUGAAGAUGGGCCACAGGGAGAGCAGCUGGACGAGGAAGAGGAAAGAGUGAUCGACACCCCACGAUCGCCUGAUUCGGAGCCUGAGCAGGACCUCUACCCGGAGGAGGAUGGAGAUGACGCAGAUGAAGGAUACGGCUACUACAAAAGCAUCUCAGCUGACCGGGAGACCCAAGAGGUCGAUGACGACGAGGAAGAGGAGGAGAAUAAAGACAAACCCGAUGAAGAUGAGGAGAAUGAAAGGAGGAGGAGAGCCGCUGCAGCGAGAGAAAUGAAGGACGACUCUGCCUCUGUGUCUCGCGAGCUGGAUGAGCACGAACUGGAUUAUGAUGAAGAAGUCCCAGAAGAGCCCAGCAUCCCUGCACACGACGAAGAGGAGGAGGAGGAUGAAACAAAAGCAAAGGGAGAGGAGGAAGAACAAGCACAGAGCGACGAAAAGAACAUUAGGAAAAAAGAGAAGAAGCCGAUCCUCCCUCCGUCUCCAAAUGAUUCCAGGAGGGGAGAGGACUCCAAAGGUCUGGAGAGGAGUCGCAGAGACUCCUUUAAAGACCGGAAGAAGGAGGACGAUGAUGGAGAGAUCGAUGAAGGAGAGAUUGAUGAUGACGACCUGGAGGAGGGGGAGGUCAAAGACCCGUCAGACAGGAAGAUCAGACCACGUCCCAUCUGCAGGUUCUUCAUCAAAGGAAACUGCACAUGGGGCAUGAACUGCAGGUUUAUCCACCCAGGAGUCAACGACAAAGGAAACUACUCCCUCAUCACCAAACCCGAUCCGUUCUCACCAAACGGAGCACCUCCUGGGGGGCCGGUCCCGCUCAUGCCCAACAGCCCCUGGGUCGGUCCGGCUGUGGAGGAGCUCCCCCCACCACCUCCUCCUGCAGAGCCUCCUGUGGAGAGCGCCUGGGAGAGAGGACUGAGGCACGCCAAAGAGGUGCUGAAGAAAGCCACAAUCAGGAAGGAGCAGGAGCCCGACUUCGAGGAAAAGCGCUUCAACGUGACGAUCGGAGAAGAUGAGAGGGACUUCGACAAAGAGAACGAGUUCUUCAGAGAACGCAGCUACCGCGUCAUCAGAGAGGAAAUGGACUUCAGAGAUCCAGUUUAUAGCGAUCCGUAUGCUGACCCCUACUACGACUAUGAAAUGGAGGCUUUGUGGCGGGGGGGCCACUAUGAAAACUUCCGAGUGCAGUACACUGAAGCCCCCCUCCCUUAUCACUACACUGAGCGCGAACGCGAGCGGGAACUUCGGGAGCGCCACAGAGAGCGGGAGAGAGACCACCGCGAGCGGGAACGUCGACAGCGAGAAAGGGAGCGGGAGAGAGAGCGGGAGCGUGAGAAGGAGAGGAUGAGGCGGAAAGAAGAAUGGGAGAAGGACCGGAUUAAACGGGACGACAAGGAACGGCCGAGGAUGCGUCCUCCUCGAGACCCCAGAGAGAAGAAAGAAGAGGACAAGAUGAAGCCGCGCUCCCCCCUCAACCUGCCAGUCAACAGGCCGUUGGAGCCACCUUCAAAGAAAGAAAUGGUUCCAGUCAUGAGACGACCAGACGAGUGGAAAGACCCAUGGCGCCGAUCCAAAUCUCCAAGGAGACGGGCCGGAUUGGGCUCCCCGCCUCGAGGUCGCCGGCGACAUCGACCCUCGGGCUCCUCGGUCUCCUUGUCCAACUCUUCCAGGUCUUCAUCUCGCUCUUCAUCAUACACUGGUUCGGGGUCCUCCCGCUCCCGCAGCCGAUCCUCCUCCUUCAGCUCGUACUCCAGCCACUCUUCCCAGCACAGCUCCUUCAGCGGCAGCCGCUCCAGGUCUCGAUCUUUUUCCUCGUCUCCCUCACAAAGUCCAGCAGUUCCCCGGAAUGCAAAGAACAAACCGGACCUCCCGGCCGUGUCCGCUCGAGGCAUGCCGCCUAAGCCGGGAGCCAUGCCUCCUCCCCGCAGAGAGAAGCCCCCUCUAAAGAAAGCCCCCAGUCCACCUCCACCUGCUGGACCACAGAUCAGGCCCCCCAAACCCCCCACAGAGGGAGGCAAGCCUCCUCCUGUUGUCAGAGAGGCAGGAGGCUCCGGAGGACCAGCGGCAAUGGGUGGAGGGGGUGCAGCAGGCAGACCUCCCCAGCCACGGGAACCUGGCAGACCCCCGAAUCAACGGGAGGGGAGGCAGAGAGAGAGACCGCAGCACCCUCCCCAUAGGAGAACUGUGAGUGGGAGUGUGAGUGGAAGUGGCAGCAGUUACACUGGUUCCAGCUCCAGAUCCAGAUCAUCCUCCAACUCCCUGUCGCGUUCUCGCUCUGGAUCCAGGAAGUCCAGGUCGCUGAGUGUCAGCAGCGUCUCGUCCGUGUCGUCUGCAUCGUCCAGCAGCUCCAUGCGCAGCGCCGACUCCGACGACAUGUACGCCGACCUUGCGAGCCCGGUGUCCUCCGCCAGCUCCCACUCGCCAACACCCAACCAGCCCCGGAAGGAGCGCAGGCCUCCGCGGGACCGCUCCCCCCCGGGUCGGGACAAGACCAGGGAAAGACCGUCAAAGAAAGACGAACCUUUUAGGGACGAUCGCAGGAAAACGGACCAGUCUGGAGCUCCGCCCAGAGGGGGUGGUGGCCCGCCCCGAUCUGGGCCUGGUAAUAGGGGAGGCCCCCCUGUGCAUCCUCUACCUGUGGCUGGUGGCCCCCCUGGAAACUAUGGAGGUUCAGGUUCCCACAAAGACAUCAAACUGACCCUGCUUAACAAGCAGGGAGACAGAGGCAACAGAAAGAGGUACCUCCCGUCAGACAAGGACAGGUCGGGCUCCCCUCUUAGCAAGAGGAUGGCCAUGUCUCCAGACAGAGGCCGUGAUAAAAAGAUGCCCGGUCGACCCCCAAUGUCUCCCAGAAUGGAUCGCCCCAGAGGACAAGGACCUCGACUCCCAGCUGCCCAGGGAGACAGAAAACGCCCUCUGUCUCCUCCAAUCAAGUCCUCUGGGAAAAUCCCAACAACGCCGUCAAGCAAAGCGCCGCCAGCAGCCUCGGCUCCAGCUGGGGGGUCGAGCUCGGGCUCCGGAAAGCCGAGCAACACGCUGUCCCGCCGCGAGGAGCUGCUGAAGCAGCUGAAGGCCGUGGAGGACGCCAUCGCACGGAAACGGGCAAAGAUCCCUGCCAAAUAAAGGGGGAGGCGGCCUCCUUGUCUGCCUGCUCGCUCCGCCUCGUGAGCCCAAAGACGGCGAGGGCGAGGGGGUGACGUACUGAUGCCCCGCCCUCCGGAGGACCUGUAAAAAUGUGUGUGGUUCAUGUAUAAAGGCUGUCGUGGAGGUAGGCGCUCGGACGUCCUCUGAGAAGACGUUUUUGUUCCGCCUGUCGGCGCCGCGGAGGGGGAGGGGUACCUGGACACACGGUGGGGGGGCUUUGAGGCUUUGUUGUGCGAUGACAGCUCAGCGGCGGGAAGUAUCUUCCUCUCAAGAACAGAUUUAUACUGAACCUGAUUUCUCCGCCCCCUUUUAUCAUCUUGUUCUUUUGAUCGAUCACGACCUUCACUGAAGCGCCACCUGCUUCACCGUUUUCCGCUGCGUUCACUUUGUACAAAAAAUAAGAAAAAAGUCAAAUUCUUUCAACUGUAUGAUUGUAGACAGCAGUGAUGUGCGUGCAGUAUUUGCUUUCUUUUUUAACUCAACAUUUUCUUUUCCUCUUAGCUCUUAAACGAUAAACCAGUGUUUUUUUUUUUUUUGUGUCAGACUUUUAGUUGGAGGCGUUCGAGGGGUGGAGCAGGGCGUUUAGAGACGGGCCAUGUCUUGCUUUUGUGACAAAAGCCUUCUAAAUAAACUAUUUUGAUAAAGAGAA